UUUGUUCAGACUUUUUACUCAGAUAAGCUGCUUCAUCCAAACGUUUAAACUCUUUUUAUUUCAGGUUACUGACGGUUUUUAUCUAAGGGCGCGAAGAAACAGGAUGAAAUAUUUUACCAGACCGAAAAUUAGGAGAGUUUUGCAGUGGCGUGGAGAGCCGAUAAGUUUGAACAGGAGGACAAAAAUCUCCGAAUAUGAGUAAGUAAUCGAUUAUUUAAAUCGCCUUUAAACAUGUGAUAUGUUGAAACUAAAUCGGUUUAAAUAUUUCACGUAUUUUCAACCAUACUGCUAAGUUUUAAGCCGAAAACAUACUGGAUCCGUAUCUGCUCCGUCGAGUAGCGCUGUGUAUCACAUACAGGCUGCGUAUUUGGAGCGUAGCAGCAGCGUAAUGCAGCCGCUGUCAGCUGGGCUUAGUAUAGAGGAAACAACAGGUUGUUUUUCCUCUCUGUGGUGGAUUUCGUGAUAAUUUAGAUAUAAUUCUAUCUGUGAAAAAGCUUAAAGUGAUUUUACAGUUUGAGUUUCUCGCUGCGUGAAACGUGACGCUACUGCUACGCUUCAAAUACGCAUCCUGUACGUUUUAGGUCGUUAUCUGGAUUUAAAGGUUUUAUCUUAUAACAUGAACCAAAAUAAGAAAUAAUGAAGUGUAAAAAAACAUGUUGGUCUGCAGCUCCUGUUUCUUUUUAAUAUUAUGUGUUUUUUAAUAUUUUAUAAAAGAGGUUCAGACUCAGAAGAGUUUUCUUCUUUCUGCUCCUUUUCAUUCACAUUUAGAUUUUUACUCAUUUGUAUUGAAUGUUUUAAAUAUUAAUAAACUGAAAAAUGAAACGGUCCCUGUCCUCUUCACAGUGAGUGUUAACUGUCUCUGACUUUUUCAGGUCUCUUGUCAUCAGAGUGGAGGGUCUCCCCAGGACCACCGUCAUAAACGUCGGUCAGCACAUCCUCAUCGAGGGCGAGGAUGAAGAAAACCCGUACGUGGCCAAAGUCCUCCGUUUGUUUGGAGACGGUGAGUCAACCUCAGAGACGUUAUCACCCAUUACGGGUGGGAGAAAAAAUCGAUUCACAGAAGUAUCGCAAUUUUUAUUUUUUUAUUUUUUUUUACAAUUAAAAUUUUAAAAUCGAUUUUUUUUUUCAAAUUUAAGAAUAAAUCUUAAAAACUGACUUGUAUGUGAUGUUUAUUUUUGGGGAAAUUUGGUUUCUGGAAUAGUCAGGAGAUAGUCAAUCAUUCGACUGUUUCACUGGAAACUAAACUAAACUAAAGAUCGAGAAAGUCGACAAUAUCAUAGAAUCGCAAUUUAAAUCGAAUCGGCAUCCAAAGAAUCGGAGAACAAUCGAAUCGGGAGAAAAGCAUAUCGUCCCAGACCUAUUACCCAUGAUGCCCUUCUCACCCCCAAUCUCCACCUUCAUCCUGAUCGUCUCCUAAAAGGUCGUAUCCUCCGAUCGUAGCUGAUCGUAACCAUUCAAGUUAACGUGUCAAUUUACACCGACUUCUUUCCGUUCCUCUGCGGAUCGCCGGACUCCACAGCUGAUCACAAGAGUUUUUUUGGACGCAGGAGCAUGGCGGAUAAAUUCAGCACAGAUUAACCCGUGCUGGAAAGGAAGUCGGGCACAGACACAAAAUAAAACAUCCGGCUUCUUUUCAAAAUAAAACAAAACCUUUCACUUGUUCGGACGGAGACAGACAAGUGAAAGAUUUUUAGUCGUCAUUUCACCCCGAUGACACCAUGGAUGAGGAGAUGCUGAUUCUAGAAGUCUAGAAGUAGAUUUCCUCCUCUGGAAGGACACAAUCUACUGCUUAUAUGUCUAUGUGUCUGUCUUUAGAGAGACAACUCGUUAUCGUGUGAUUGAACGUGAAUCUGCGGGUUCUUGUGAGUUCUUGCGAUUACCGCUGUCUGUAAUCCGCCACGAAAUCCGCCUCACAAACGGAUCUGAUAGGAAUGGGCGUACAGCGAAAAUCAGCGCAGUUCCGGAUGCGGUGGAAAUCGCGGGUCAGAGACUGCGUCCUGAACAUGUGUUCUCUCUCUGUGUUUGUUUUUCAGAGAGUGGAACGCAGAAGAAGGUGACGGUUCAGUGGUACAGUAUGGUGUCUGAAGUGCCUUUGAGCAAACUGAAGCUGCUGGGCAGAGAGCCCCACCCUCAGGAGAUCUUCUAUUACCAGGGUCCCAACUGUGACGACGAGGUCAGCGCCGAGUCCAUCCUCAGACCCGUGAAGGUGACGUCAAACUCGUUUUUGAGUGUCUGACAGUAUUUCAGGGAGGAUCCGUCGACUGUGUUGACUGUCGGUGUUUUGAGGUGAAUUAACCCUUUAAUCUCACAGGUGAAACACCUGGAUGGAUCGGCGCCGUUCCCUGAUCCCGGUGAUCCAGACUCUCUGUACGUGAAGCUCUCCUGGGACUCAAAGACCUUCAAAGUCGUGGACUCUGCUCUGGUGAACCCUGACCCUGCUCCAGCUUCCUGUCCCAAACCCUCCCUCCCUCCCUCACCCCCCUGCUCCCCCCCUGCAGCAGCUCCGGCGUCUCGGGGCCUCGCUCGCCGCGCUCUGCCCACCCCGGACCCUUCUGUCAUGCGCCGGGCCGCGCUGGGGGAGGUGAGGUACAGCAGAGCCUCGGCGAGCGCGGGGAAGGCCUGCUACGCCGCUGAAGCCGAGUCGCUGCACUCGGCCACCAAACUGUCCGCCUCAAAAUGUCUGAGCGCCAAGAGGAGGAACGCCAUGGAGAGGACGCCAGGGGUCCGCAAGAAACUGGAGCUGUGCAGUGAGUGCUGAAACUACAGACAGACAGACAGACAGACAGAGACGUCUCCUGUCAAUAACCUCGAACCCGGUCUCCUCUGCGGGUCAAUAAUCCUGUCUGUGUUUCUUAAGGUCCAGAGAAGAAGUCCAUGAGCCACACCGACGUCCUGAGUCAGCUGCUGGAUGAAGACCUGGAGUCUGAGGGGAUGUUAGCUCAACAUCUGUCGUCCUCUCCUCCCCGGACUCUGUCCCUCGGCCACCGCCUCACCCCUCUCAAGAAGUCCCGCAGAGCCUCGGCCGCUCAGGACGCCUCCCCUCUGAAGGAGUCGACCGGGAUGGACAGUCCUCCGCCGUCUGCUGCUGAAGACUCCUCAAGGUCAGAGCUUCAUCAUGAAGUUUCCAAGUCAGUGUCUGUGACGUCACUGCGUUUAGAGCAGGAGUGGUCGAUCACUGAACCACACACCUGAUUCAAACUUUGAUCGGAGGUGUUUAUGAAGAAGUUAGAGUGAGAUCUGUUUGAGGGGAGGAGCUGUGCCCACACUCAUUUAUAUGAGAGGGGUGGUCUUUAUUUCAUUUCAUAACAAUCAAUCAAACUUUAUUUUUAAAGCACUUUUUAAAUGUAGCACAAAUUUCUAUUUCUAUUUAUUUAUUUAGCGCAGAUUAAAAACAGAGUUCCACUCCCAUCAGGGCAAAGGUCAAAACAUGUACGAAUGGUCAUAAAUAGAACAUAAACUAAUCAUCAACCAGAGAUAAAGACAAUAUAAGUGUUCAUAAAAAGGAAAGAAACAUGAUUAUAACAGAUCACGAUCAGAUGAGAUUUUAAUGAUAUUUUAAAGGAUUUGAAGGAUCAUAUUGAUUUUAGAGAUCCAUCCGGAUCAUUCCACAGUUUCGAUCAUCUUAAAGUGAAAUUAGACGGAUGACUAGAAGCUCGACAGGAAGGUGACUGAAGAUGGUCGUUUUGUCGAAGUGCCGUCCAUUCAAGCAGAAUAUUAAAAACAAUGAAAUGAAAUAAAUGAAAAUACAAAUACCAAACCCCAACCGACCCCCAUUUAACACAUACAGCACUGACACACUCCCAGAUACACACACUAAAGACCAGGUGAGGACUCUUCAACUUUCCACAGAUGACUGCGUAAACACUGGAUCUAGGACUGAAACGAUAAAACCAUAAUAAAAUAUAAUAAAGGUGAUAAAACGUUAAAAGUUAAUUAAAUAAAAUCAAACAAUAAGAGAGAGUGAAUUAAAAAAGGAGGUAAGAAAACAGAAUAGUCACUCUUGAACUAUAAUAGUGUAUAAUAGGGAUCAGGCAUUCUCCACAGCUGCCCCUACCCUUUGGAACGCCCUACCUCCCUCCAUCAGACACUGCCCUGACCCCACUACUUUUAAAUCCCUUUUAAAAACCCACUUAUUUAAAAUUGCUUUUAAUAUUUAACUGUUUUGUCCAUCUUGCUGUUUUCAUGUCUUUGUCUUAUUAUCUUGGAUUUUACGUACUAUGUAAAGCGUCUUUGAGUGUUUUUAAAAGCGCUGUACAAAUAAAAUGAAUUAUUAUUAUAUUAUUAAAAUCACAUCAUGCAGAUUAAAACAUUCAAACAAAAUUCAGCUAAAAGUCAGAUUAAAAAGGUCUUUAGUUUACUUUUAAAAAUAUGAACAGUAGGUGUCGCUCUCAGGUCUGCAUCUCGAUCUGCGUCUGGUCGAGAGUUUGAAAUUGUUGUGAAUUUUGUAGGAGCUGAAGCUGUGAGAUUUUCUUUUUAGGAAGACCAGAGAGGAGAGCAUUGUAAUUCUACAGGUGAUAAAAGCAUGAAGAAGAGUCUCUGCGUUGGCUCGAGAGAGAGAGAAACUGGCGCUCUCUGGAGAUGUUCUUUAAAUGAUCAAACGCCUUUCUGGAAACAUCUCGUAUGUGUGGCUCUGAAGUUUGAAUCAAAUGUAACACCCAGAUUUUUAACUUCUUGGCGUGGAUUAAAAGUUUGAGCUCGGGGUUUUCUCUCUCUGUGGACCUGAACCGAUAACUUCAACAUUUAUACCCAUACAGCUCACUGCGUUUUCUUCUCUGUGGUAAAUGAAUAAGCCUGACCGAGUUCAUGGACUUACCUAAACCCGGGAACCUGGUCUUUGGUUAAACCCGGGAACCUGGUCUUUGGUCUUUGGUUAAACCCGGUCUAAAGUUGAGUCUGACUGGUGCCUCUUCCAGGGAGCUGUUGGAUAAAAGUCCUCAGCAGGGCGGUUUGGUGGAGGCGGGGUUACCGACCAGCUCGGUUAAGACCCCCAGAAGAAGAAAUGCUACGCCGAGGGGGAAGUAUGCCACCAGGGGGCAGAAGUGAGUCAGAUCUGGUGAUGGUUUAAGUUUGUGUCUCACCUGAAGGUCACGGCGGUGUGUUCGGUGAAGUUUUGAGGGGAAAUCUGCACAGGGAGGUGAAACUGAAGCUGGAGUCAGAGUUUGAGCGAGGACGGUCACAUGACUGAAUGAUUCAUGAAGGAGACGGGUCUUCUUAGUGAUCUCUGAACAAAGAUUGUUUCCUCACUCAGGGCCUCCACUCCUUCUCGGCAAAAAGGGUCAAAGGUCCUGAAGGAACCGGCUCUGGGAGCGCUGUGAGUACAGACCGAUCCAGCAGAGCUCACCUGAGAACCUCCUGAGGGUUUCUGACCCUCAGAGGUGAAUCCAUGUCGUUGAUCGAGUUUUACUUUGUUCUGUGUUCAGGGCUGAGGUGGAUCACGAAGACUCUCCGAUGCUGCCGGUCACCACGCCGCGGAGCUCCAAGAGGAAGUCUGCUCGCCUGGUCCUGUCCCGGAUCAAAGUUCAGCUGUGAGUUUAGAGAAGAAGGAAGUCUUCAGGGUUAAAAUCCAGACCAGCAGGACAGACCCUCAGAGCCUCAGUGUCUGUUUUCACAGGAGUCUUCUGGAGAACCAGCAGGACCGGGACUCCGACUCAGAGGAAGAGGACGACUUUGUGCCGUCGAAGAAGGAGCUUCAGAGCAGCAGUGAGGAGGAAGAGGAGGGUGAAGAGGAGGCGGGGCUGGACAGUGAUGAAGACGUGGUGGUGAAGAAGCGUCGACACGCCUCUGCAGGGUCUCGUACUCCUCGAUCGAAGCAGAAAACCUCGACCAGGACACCUCGAAAAACUCCCAACAGGAAGGUAAGAGUCCGCUCUUCAUUGUGGUCUUCCUCACCUCGUCUUCUCUGAUUGGUUCGUGUUUUUUUGGACAGGUCACACCGAGCACGCCGCGGACUCCUCACAGAGCCACUCCCAGCAUCCCCAGCAGGUCUCGACCGGCCCGACAGCCCGCUAACGUUCUGGAGGAGGCCAGGAUCAGGUGAGAACUCUGACCUCUGACCUCUGACCUCUGACCCUGAACAGACCCUGAACAGACUGACACAAGACACAAGACUGUUUCCGGUGUCACACGCACACAUGGUCAUUUCAAGUGUUGGUCCUGCAUAAACUACCAAUACACCAAAAAACUACAUUAAUUUAAUCAUCCAAUAAAUGGAAAACCAGGUGAAAUCAAACACUUUAUGACGUGUAAAUCCAAAAAUUUGAUUCCUAUUCUAAAAUAUUCCUGCAAUAAAAUAUAUGUUGGAGAAACAUCACUGAACACAGGCGUGUGAAAAAAAGAAAUGACAAAACCGAGACACUUUAAUGAGUCAAAACAUCUUUUUCUUUGGUAUAGAAGUAAAACAAACUGAAAGAGGAGGCAGUUUUGAUCUUAUGAGGAAAAAGAGAGAGAGAAGCUUUGUGGAUUGUGGAUUCUUUUAAGUCAAUUUUAAAAACUCACUUUUACAGACUUGCCUUUAUGUGAUGCCAUCUUUCAUCUUUUAUUGCCUUUUACCGUUUUUAUUUUUCUCCUUUUUCUUUCACCUCUUUCUUAUUUAGACUUACUUCCGUUUUAGCCUUUGUUUUACUUAUAAUCUUUUUAUUGAUUUUAAUGUUUUCAUUUUCCUUUAUUUUAUAUAUAUAUAUUUAAUUCCACUUUAUCAUUUAUAUUACCAUCAUUUUAUUUUAUUAUGAUUUUAUUAUUAUUAUUAAUGUCCUCUUUUAUACUUACUAGCCUGUUUUCUUCCCUCCUUCUUUUUUUUUUUUUUGCUUUUGUUUUGGUCCUCAUGGUCCCAUUUAUUUUGUAGAGUUCUUGUAUUGCCUGGGUUUCUUACGAAAAGUGAAACAGGCCUACAAUUCAGAGGCCUGUUUUUAACUGAGCUUUUGUUUUUAUGUGUUUUUAUUUUCAAUGUGCUGAUGCUCUGUGCUUACAACUGUUGUCUAAGCACUUUGUAAACUUCUGUUUUUAAAGGUGCUAUAUAAAUAAAAUUAUUAUUAUUAUUAGUGCUGCAACUAAAGAUUAUUUUUUUGUCGACUAGUCGUCCGAUUAAUCACGAUUAAUCACUAUUUCUUUAUUUAUAAACACCUAUUUCCGGGGUGUCGGCGUUUCAGGUGCUCAUGCGUCGCCGUGGUGCUGCCAUGGUAGGAAAGCUGCGCUUUGAUCGACGUGUUUUUUUGGUUUGUUCUCCGUAAAAUGUUCCCAAACUUCUGAAGUUUUGGGUCGGAGUUUUGGAGCGUCUUUUUCAGUUUGUUCUGCCAUCAUGUCUGCACUCUUCUUCUGUGUUUGCUCGCGGGAUGUAAACAGCGAGCGCUACUGCCCCCAGCACAUCCUGUAGUGCACUGCAGUGAUAGAUGAGCAUGAGGCGCCGGCGUGUGAUCCUUAACAACAAUAACACGACGCUUCGUUUUCGUGUCGAUGAAUUUAUCGUGUCGACGUAAUCGAUUACGUCGACUAAUCGUUGCAGCCCUAUUGUGGAUUUUUAAUUUAAAGAGUUUAUAUCCAAAAGGAAUGAACGAAGACUUUUCAGCGAAUGACCUUUUGUAGCCUGUAGUUUUUUUUUUUAGCAUAUCCUUUUAUUGUUGCUUUAUAAGAAAUCCUUAAAUGUGCUUUAGGGUCCUCCUAGACACACGUGUAUGUGUAUAUAUGUAUAUAUUUGUAUGUGUGUAUGCCUGUAUAUGUUUGUAUAUGAAUUCAUAUCUAACUUUUGUGUAGAAUCUACCCACCUUACCUCUAUAUUUCCCUGUGCGACCUCUUAUUUUGAUCCUCUGUUCAGUAUAGAACUUUAAAAUGGCCGCCAACACCAGCACCAUCCAAUAGAAACUGCUGACAGGUGGUACAAUUAGGUGUUGACUAAAUAGACACGCCCCUGCAGCCAUCCCAUUGGCUGAUUCAGUCCGACCUUAUUUAAGUUUUUUAAACACCUCUGAUGACCCCGAUGAACGACACAAACCGAGACACCACGGUCCUGAACUACAAGGAUAUACAGGAUAUGAUGGCCUCACUAGUUUACUGUGGUCAGAUGUUAGGUGUGUGUAUGUGUAUGUAUUGAUGUGUGUUUGUGUCCUCAGGCUGCACGUGUCCUCCGUGCCCGAGUCUCUGCCCUGCAGGGAGCAGGAGUUUCAGGACAUCUACAGCUUCGUGGAGAGCAAGAUCAUCGACGGGACAGGAGGGUAAGAUCCUGGUCCUGGUCCUGGACUUCAGACUCCUACAGUGAUCCUCAGACUCGGGUUCGAGUCCUCGUUUCUUUCUCAUGUGCUGUGUCCGAAUUGCCCGCUCGCAUACUACAUACUACUGCUUGAUCCUACUCCUACAUAUUAAACACGUUGGCCCAAUUCGGACACACUAGACGAGCGGUGGGGAAAGACGACCCCCGCAGGCAUAGAGUAGGUACUGCGCCCGUUUUAGACUCUUUGAAUGGUAAUUGUUUCCAUCACUUUUAGCCUUGAUCGUUUGUUCAAUGAGAUCUGCCUGAUUACUGCAGCUGUGCAGUUUAAUGAUGGAAUAAGUGAGCUUUACCUCCAUGAUGUCGCCACAUAUUUGCUCAUAAAAUGAUUACUUGGGCAAAUAUGACACCAUGACAUGACAAAGAGAUACAACCGCACAUUUUUUAGGACAGUGUGUGAAGUUACAUGAAACUUACAUCUGUACUGCUGCGGUCCCGCCUGCUGCUGCUGCUGCUCCGACAUGGUGCGCGCUGCUGUGGCCAGCCGGCGUUCGCGACGCAUCUAAAUAGGCAGCAGCUGGUGGCGCUAGCAUCACAUGCGCUUCUACAACUUUGAAGAGGACGAAGAAGAAGCCCGCGGUGCAUUUUGGGUCAGUAGUAUGCCCGUAGGAUGCACCGCGACCAACCUAGAAUGUGGGCGUGUCUAGUAUCUGAAGUAGUAUGAUACUCGCUCCGGUGGCCAAUUCGGACAUGCUAGAUACUACUUCGACUACUAUUUCGACUACUACUUGGCAAUUCGGACGCAGCUAUGGUCACUGAACCAAGCAGCUAAGACUUCCUCCUGACUCUCCUGAAAGUUUUCCAGAGCUGGGGUGACCGAAUCUGAGAAUAAAGAGGAACUAUUUAGGAGGAUUCAUGUGAGCGAGUGAGGAGAGGGUGAGGCCGUCUAUGAGAGAGUGAGAGUGAGAGAACGAGAGGAGGAACAGGAAGUACAUCAGAGAGACAUUUUCAGGGUUUCUCCUCACGUGUUUGUUUGAAUCUGAACCAAACUCUCUCCAGGUGUCCUCCUCCUCCUCCUCUCUGACCUUUGACCUCUCUGUUUCAGGUGUAUGUACAUCUCAGGUGUGCCGGGCACCGGGAAAACCGCCACGGUCCAUGAGGUGAUGCGCUGCCUGCAGCACGCCGCGGACGUGGACGAGAUUCCUCCUUUUCAUUUCAUCGAGAUCAACGGGAUGAAGAUGACCGACCCUCACCAGGCUUACGUCCAGAUCCUGCAGGUCAGAGCGCCGAACGGUCUGACGCUGAUGUUAGCGGACAUUUCUGUUCCGAGUCUCUCGUCACAAAGUUUUGCGUUCUCCUCGUCUCUGCAGAAACUAACGGGUCAGAAAGCCACGGCCGAUCAUGCAGCCGCUCUGCUGGAGAAGAGAUUCAGUAACCCCGCACCCAAGAGGGAGAGCACCGUGCUGCUGGUGGACGAAGUAAGAACGCUUUUAUUUUUCUAACUCAAGUUUUAUUUGUAUUUUUGAGACAGAAGACAGACGGUCAAACAAAGAGGAUAUAAAGACGGACAAACAUCAGAGCAGGUGUAACGUGUCGGAGAGUCCGGCUGUGACCCUUUUUAACCCUUCGUGCUCUGCAGCUGGACCUGCUGUGGACCAGGAAGCAGAACGUGAUGUACAACCUCUUCGAUUGGCCGACGCGGCGUCACGCCCGCCUGGUCGUGCUGACCAUCGCCAACACCAUGGACCUGCCGGAGAGGAUCAUGAUCAACAGAGUGGCCAGCAGACUGGUAAGACUAACUGGUCCCAGUGACCUUUGGAGCGAGGUGGACGGGUUCUCUGACCUGACGAGGACUCUCUGUGGUUCUGUUCGUGUUCUCAGGGUCUGACCCGGAUGUCGUUCCAGCCGUACAGCUUCAAGCAGCUGCAGCAGAUCAUCACGUCCAGGCUGAACAAGGUGAAGGCCUUCGAGGAGGACGCUCUGCAGCUCGUCUCCAGGAAGGUUAGCGACCACGGCGCCACUCUCCCGCCUCCUCAUCCUCCCUCGCCGCUUUGACUCACGGCGCCUCCCUCCCUCUCUCUCUCCUCCUGCAGGUGGCCGCUCUGUCAGGUGACGCCCGGCGUUGUUUGGAUAUCUGCCGCCGCGCUACAGAGAUCUGUGAGCACUCGGCGUCUGAUCCCUCCGCGACGGGAUUGGUCGGGAUGGGUCACGUGAUGGACGCGUUGAACGAGAUGUUUUCCUCCGCCUACAUCACCGCCAUCAAGUGGGUGUCGGCCUUCAGUCAGGUUAAAGCAGCAGUGAUCGAUUUGUGACACACAGCUGACUCCUGUGUGUGUGUGUGUGUGUGUGUGUGUGUGUGUGUGUUUUCAGGUGUGCGUCAGUGCAGGAGCAGAUCUUCCUCAGGGCGGUCAUCGCUGAGUUUCGGAGGCUGGGAUUGGAGGAGGCCACCUUUCAGCAGGUAAAAUCGAGACGCACUGAGAGGAGAAGAAGAAGAAGCUGCAGGAGAAGUUUCCUCCAUGAAUCGAUCGAUCGAUUGAAGUUUAUUUAGAAUAUACAAACCAAAAAUUUAAAAAAUAAAACAAGAAAAUUAAGGCAAAACAUGAAAAUGUAAAAUAAAAAUACGUAUCCGAAAAGGAGUGAGAAGAAGAAGAACUUCCCUUUAAAUAAGAAGUACCCACACUAAGCUUCCUUCAACUUGUUUAGAUGUUCCUGAUAAUUAUGAUAAACAAAAUCUACAUCCACUUAAAGGUGGUGUCGUCAGGAUCUGAGGAAGUUCCAGUUUUUAGGAGAAAUCUUGAAUGUAAACUCUACCCCUCCAACCAGUUUUCCCCUCAGCUCCUCCUCUCCCCUCAAGCCCCGCCCACAAACAGACGCUCCUGCUCGCUCGUAUCGUUCCAGUUAAAUUCAGAUAUAAUGCAGAUAAAUACUUCAGAUCAUUACAAAUGGGGCCCAGUCAAGGUGAAAGUUAAAAGCAUUGGUGCUACUGUAGAUGCCAACAGACUACCAGCAAACACAAUGUUUGCAGGACUUCUACAACGAGGAUAAAGUGACAUAGUCCAGGACCCGAGGGAGGACAGUUUAGCGAUGGCGCUACAACACGCUACAGCAGGUCCGUUUGACAAGAAACACUUCUGUUACAGACACUUGUCUUACUUUGUUAAAGCGGUUUACCUGUCCAGCAGAAAGGUUACAGGGUCACCAAGAUCCCCAAGCGUCCCCCAUGGUUUAUGUUGACCCGGCUUUUUAGCUCUUGUCCGGUCUACCUCCGUUUUAAGCGCCCGUUAUUCCUCCAGAGUCUCCGGUAUUUACUUUGUUUUCUUGCUUGUGUCGGCAGUCGUGGCCAAAGGAGGAUUCAGACAAUUUUCCGAACUUUCUGGUUGGUUUCUACUGUCCGAUAUUGUAGCACGCUAACUUUGUUUGGGCUCCUGAACGACACGGGGGAGCAGCAUUUUCUUGCUGACUGUUUUCUUGUUGACUGUUUUCUUGUUGACUGUUUAUGGUUGACUGUUUUCUUGUUGACUGUUUAUGGUUGACUGUUUUCUUGUUGACUGUUUUCUUGUUGACUGUUUUCUUGUUGACUGUUUUCUUGUUGACUGUUUUCUUGUUGACUGUUUUCUUGCUGUCUGUUUUCUUGCUGACUGUUUUCUUGUUGACUGUUUUCUUGCUGUCUGUUUUCUUGUUGACUGUUUUCUUGUUGACUGUUUUUUUGUUGACUGUUUUUUUGUUGACUGUUGUUUUGUUGACUGUUGUUUUGUUGACUGUUUUCUUGCUGACUGUUUUCUUGCUGACUGUUUUCUUGUUGACUGUUUAUGGUUGACUGUUUUCUUGCUGACUGUUUUCUUGUUGACUGUUUUCUUGCUUACUGUUUUCUUGUUGACUGUUUUGGUGUCGACCGUUUUCCUGUUGACCGGUUUGGUGUUGACUGUUUUCUUGCUGACUGUUUAUGUUUGAGUGUUUUCUUGCUUGUGUCGGCAGUCAUGGCCAAAGGAGGAUUCAGACAAUUUUCCGAACUUUCUGGUUGGUUUCUACUGUCCGAUAUUGUAGCACGCUAACUUUGUUUGGGCUCCUGAACGACACGGGGGAGCAGCGUCUGCCUCACAACCAAUCAGGUUAGAGGAGGUGGAGAACGGCUUUGUUUACAGUCAGAAAGAGCGGACCGCUCAAAAAUGUUCAAAUGUUGACGACACAGACAUAAGAGAACACAGAGAUAUCGAUAUAUUACCAAAUGUCAUCAAUAACUAAUAACUAUUGACUGAUAUUAGAAGAUUUUUUGUAUUAAAACCACAAAAUAAAAAGAUGCUUCUUUAACAGAUUCCUGCCUCCUCCACCUUUAAAAUGGCACACACCUCGGCUCUGAGGGGAAUCUGAGGCCGUCGGGAACAAAACUGUAAAAUUAUCCUCUUUUAUUGAUUUUAUGUUCAAUAUUUUUGUGUUUUAUCCUCGUGUCAGACGUUCUCCUCACUCAUUUAUGAAAAAUAACCUCCUAACCCAAAAAUCGACUCGGCUCCUAAACUCGUAAUAUAAAAAAUAUUUGUCUUAAUCUAAGUUAUAAACUUGGUAAGUUUCAUGGUGAUAUCUGUUUGUUAAAAUUUUACCCUAUUCACCUGGUGUGUCUUCCUACCCAUCAUGGACGCCAUCUUGAAAAUGGCGCCUUUCUAGCGGUCAAACUUUGGUAAACUUUGAGUUUGUUAUUAAGGACGUCUAAUACUAUAAAAAACUGCUGAGAAACCUUUUAAUUUUUCUAGGGUUUAGUCAUAUUUGCUCCUGACUACAUCUCGACUCGAUUAUUUAAAAGCUGGUGAAUGUUUCAGACUCUCUUUACCGACUGUUUGAAGCUCCGCCCCUCCCUCGCCGUUACACACUGACUCCCCCCUCUGUUUUGUCUGUCAGGUGUUCGUGCAGCACCAGGCUCUGUGUCGGGUCGAGGGUCUGCAGCCCAUCAGCGUGUCGGAGGGUCUGGCGGUGUGUCAGCGUCUGGGAGCCUGCAGGGUCCUCCUGCUGGAGCCGAGCCGCCUGGGAGUCCUGCAGCGAGUCCGCCUUAACGUCAGCCAGGACGACGUGGUGUUUGCCCUGAAGGCUGACUGAAGGAGGGACUUUUUAUUUAUCGAUUGUUUUUUACUGUUUUUACU